CGCGCGCGGCGGACAGCGCUGCGGUUGCCGGAAGUUGGGCGGCGCAGGCAGUAAAUAAUGGCGGCAGUUAUGGGGGAUCCCGGACUCUCCAAAUUGCAGUUUGCCCCCUUCAGCAGUGCCUUGGAUGUUGGAUUCUGGCAUGAGUUGACCCAGAAGAAGCUGAAUGAGUAUCGGUUGGAUGAAGCUCCCAAGGACAUUAAGGGUUAUUACUACAAUGGUGAUUCUGCUGGGCUGCCAGCUCGCUUAACAUUGGAGUUCAGUGCUUUUGACAUGAAUGCUCCCACACCAGCCCGCUGCUGCCCGGCGGUUGGAACGCUGUAUAACACCAACACACUCGAGGCUUUCAAGGCUGCAGAUAAGAAGCUACUUCUGGAACAAGCAGCAAACGAGAUCUGGGAAUCCAUCAGAUCGGGGGCUGCUCUUGACAACCCUGUCCUCCUCAACAAGUUCCUCCUCUUGACAUUUGCGGAUCUAAAGAAGUACCACUUCUACUAUUGGUUUUGCUCCCCCGCUCUCUGCCUUCCAGAGAGUAUACCCCUCAUUCGGGGGCCAGUGGGCUUGGAUCAAAGGCUCUCACCACCACAGAUUCAAGCCCUUGAACGAGCCUAUGAUGAUCUUUGUCAAACAGAAGGAGUCCCAGCACUGCCUUACUUCUUAAUCAAGUAUGAUGAGACCAUGGUGCUGGUUUCCUUGCUUAAACACUACAGUGAUUUCUUCCAAGGUCAGAGGACCAAGAUAACUAUUGGUGUAUAUGAUCCCUGUAACUUAGCCCAGUACCCUGGAUGGCCUUUGAGGAAUUUUUUGGUCCUAGCAGCCCACAGAUGGAGUAGCAGUUUCCAGUCUGUUGAAGUCCUCUGCUUCCGGGACCGCACUCUGCAGGGGAUGAGAGACGUCACCCACAGCAUCAUCUUCGAAGUGAAGCUUCCAGAAAUGGCAUUUAGCCCAGAUUGUCCCAAGGCGGUUGGAUGGGAAAAGAACCAGAAAGGAGGCAUGGGACCAAGGAUGGUGAACCUCAGCGAAUGUAUGGACCCUAAAAGGUUAGCUGAGUCAUCAGUGGAUCUAAAUCUCAAAUUGAUGUGUUGGAGAUUGGUCCCUACUCUGGACUUAGACAAGGUUGUGUCUGUCAAGUGUCUGCUGCUCGGAGCUGGCACCUUGGGUUGUAAUGUAGCCAGGACAUUGAUGGGUUGGGGCGUCAGACACAUCACAUUUGUGGACAAUGCCAAGAUCUCCUAUUCCAACCCUGUGAGGCAGCCUCUGUAUGAAUUUGAAGAUUGCCUGGCGGGUGGUAAGCCCAAGGCCCUGGCUGCAGCAGACCGGCUCCAGAAAAUAUUCCCCGGAGUGAACGCCAGAGGGUUCAACAUGAGCAUCCCCAUGCCGGGACACCCAGUGAACUUCUCCAGCGUCACCCUGGAGCAGGCCCGCAGGGAUGUGGAGCGGCUAGAGCAGCUCGUCGAAGGCCAUGAUGUCGUGUUCCUGCUGAUGGACACCCGGGAGAGCCGAUGGCUGCCCGCCGUCAUCGCCGCGAGCAAGAGAAAGCUGGUCAUCAAUGCUGCCUUGGGGUUUGACACAUUUGUUGUUAUGAGACAUGGCCUGAAGAAGCCUAAGCUGCAGGGAGCCGGGGACUUGUGUCCCAGCCGCCCUGUGGCACCUGCCGACCUCCUGGGCCCAUCACUUUUUGCCAACAUCCCUGGCUACAAACUUGGCUGCUAUUUCUGCAAUGAUGUGGUGGCCCCGGGAGAUUCAACCAGAGACCGGACCUUGGACCAGCAGUGCACUGUGAGUCGUCCAGGACUGGCCAUGAUUGCAGGAGCCCUGGCGGUGGAGUUGAUGGUUUCCGUUUUGCAGCAUCCAGAAGGGGGCUACGCCAUUGCCAGCAGCAGUGACGACCGCAUGAAUGAGCCUCCAACCUCUCUCGGGCUCGUGCCUCACCAGAUACGAGGAUUUCUGUCGCGAUUUGAUAAUGUCCUUCCUGUCAGCCUGGCAUUUGACAAAUGUACAGCUUGUUCUUCCAAAGUUCUUGAUCAGUAUGAACGAGAAGGAUUUAAUUUCCUGGUGAAGGUGUUUAAUUCUUCACAUUCCUUCUUAGAGGAUUUGACUGGUCUUACGUUGCUGCAUCAAGAGACCCAGGCUGCUGAGCUGGUUUUGAUUUGGUUCCUGUGGAAUAUUUUUGCUUUGUUUUGUUUUGUAUUUAACAACAGUCAGAUAUUUAUGUACAGCUUCAUCAAGAGCCUCCGAUGACAAAUAUGCCUUUGGAGGCCAGUAGAAGCUGUGGGAAACCCCCGUGUCAGCACUUAAACCUGUUGCCAAUGGAGAGAAAUCACUCUGGGGACUGACCUAGCCUGCUCGUGAAUCCACUUCUCUUUUCCCAAGCCUUCUGCUAGCCCACUUCCAACCUGCACUGGCCCAUCCUGAGACUGUAUCCUGCCUUGAUUUUUCCUUAUGGAGCAAUCCCUCAAGACACAGCUUUGGCUUUCUUUCCUUAAGUGAGGGGGGAAAGGCAGAAACAGCAGGCAGAAAGCCAUUUAAUUCUUACAUUGGAAACUAGAGCCUGGUUUUUGAAAUAAGGCUUGGCAGUAUCCCUUCAGAGCUCACUUUAUAAAAUGAGUCACUUCUAUUUGCUGUCAGAGCUAUCUACAUGGAUUUGAGAUGUUUAGAUAAGUUGGUAUUAGGGAAAGAUCCAGUUGGAGGAGGGACAGUGAAGCCUGGGCAGAGUUCUGCACCCUUUAGAAGAGGAGUCUUGGAUGGUACAGCCCACUUGGAGGUGUGUGGGAGAGAGAGGGGAAGAACCAUACAUGCUGAGUUCAAACAGCUAAUAUUAAGAAGUAGAACAUGGAAACUGCAUCCUCCUUAAAUUUUAGUCCCUAUUCUGCUAGUGUUCUCACGAGUACUUGAGUCAUGAGAACGUUUUGUACAUCAGUUUACCAAAUUAAAAUAAGGAGAUUGAAGCAAAUGCGAAAUCCUUUUUAGCUCUAGUAAUUCAGUGAUUUUGAUUCAGCAUACCUGGUAUGACCAAGAAGUAAAGAGAUGGCCAAUUUUUAUAUCAAAAUGUUUUCAAAUGCAUCAGACUGAUUCCUUUUUAUACAUUAUACAGAUAUUCUCUGGUAUUUUUCAUAUCUGGCUGCCAUUGCUAGAAACAGUUCUGGUUGCAUUCUUUUGAGACUUAGAUAUACCUGUACUUUGAACCUUUUAAUCACUUCUCAUACUUGGUACUGGUUGGUUUCUGUAGCAGUAUGUAAAUCCAAAAUGGUGCAAUCUGGCCAAAUAACUUAUUCUCCAGACUUCGGUACCGAGGACUUUUGGCUUCUUCAUAAACUCAAGUCUCCCCUCACUUUAAUUAAAUAUGUUUAUAAAACAUGCCACUCACUACCUUUUCAUACAGCUUCCAAAGACAGACUCCAAAAUCCUGUAGUUUUAAGUAAUGGCAGCAUCCUUAGAAUGUUAAAUGUAUAAUAUGUGAGGAGCUUGUUUAAAAAUUGGCCGUAUUACACUAUAACAUACAUAGAGUGUAUGAGUGCCUGAACCCAGGCUUGGUCAGAAGGCCUGAGUUCAUAGCCCAGCUCCAACAAAUGGCCAGGACUGCUCUGUUCACCCUUAUGGGUUGUGCAGGGCAGAACCAUGUGCAGUGGCCCUGUGUGAGACCUUGGGUCAUUUACUUCAUUGAGCUUCACGUUCCUUAUUUGUAGAAUGGGAUCAGUAAUUUCUGCUCCUCACAAUUACUGUGAGCAUUAAAUAAGAAAGUACCUAACAAAAAAGACAGAUUAAUUGGGCUCCAUCAAAAUUUAAAACUUUGUGCUUCAAAGGAUGCUAUCAAGGAAGUGAAAAGACAGCCUACAGAAUUAGAGAAAAAAGUUUUUUGCAAUUCAUUUAUCUGAUGAGGAACCGGUAUCCAGAAUAUAUAGACAACUCUUACAACUCAGUAAUAAAAAGACAUCUAGCUCAAUUUAAAAAUGGGCAGUGGAUUUAAAUAGCCGUUUCUUGGGAUUUGCCUGGUGGCGCAGUGGUUAAGAAUCCGCCUGCCCGUGCAGGGGACACGGGUUUGAGCCC